AUGAGUUUUGAGUCAAAAGAUGGUCUCUGUGCGGCAGUCAAUUGCUGCAAAGAUGGUUGGUUUGCGUAUAACGGGCAUUGUUACUAUAUUGAUUUGGAUAUAAAGCUGUCAUUUUCUGCAGCAAGGCUGUACUGUAGACGUUUUGGAGCAGACCUUGUUCAACUUGAAACGUUUGCUGAAAACACCUUUCUGAAAGGGUUUCUGAAGAAAUUCAAAGCACAACAUACCUGGAUGGGUUUAAAUGACAUGUCUCAUGAAGGUAUAUGGCGAUGGACCAGCACCAACAAACAUGCUACGUUUUCUGACUGGUCACCGAGGCAACCCGACAAUCAUAAAAAUAAUGAAGAUUGUGUGCAUUUCAGCUACACAGCUGCCUAUCAAUGGAACGAUUUCCCUUGUAGUCAUUCAAUUAAUUUCUUAUGUGAGAAAGCCUCUGCAUGAGACACACAAAUAACUGCAAAAUUAGAAGGUCAAAUGCUGCUGUACCUUUUAUUCUAAAAUUUAAUCGAUUAGAUCUUUAUAAACAAUGCUUUUUUGGUAUUUAUCCUUUUUUAAAGACAGAAAUAAACUAUUUGCAUUA